AUGCCUAGUUUAAUUUUGCCACUCGUUUCAACCGCUAAUGUCCCUCAACUAACUGUUGAUCUAUUAUUACAUUCAACAACUGAAAAUGAUAUCCAUGCAUUCAAACAUAUUAAAUCAUAUUCUCCAGAAACAUUAUUAUCAUUUUUAGGCCCAGUAGAUAAAUUGCCAAUUGAAAAAAAUUCAAGCUCAUCAAUUUAUCCUAAUAAUCAAUCUUAUUCAACUUCAUUUGAAUUAUUCUAUAAUCAAUCAACAGAUACUUAUCUUAUACAACAACGUACACCCAUAAUUACUGGUUAUUUAAAUACUUUUAUUAAUAAAACUAUUGUUCCAAUUGUUAAUCAAUAUCAAAUCGAUAAUGUUAUACUAUUAGAUUCUCAUUCUCCAAGAGAUGAGAAUUAUUUAAUCAAUAAUGAUAAUGCAGAUGCCACCAUAAAAAUAUUUUCUUAUGGAACAUGUGAAUUACCAAAUCUCUCUGAAGAAAUUUUAAGAGAAUUAAAUAACUUGUCGUUAUCAAUUAGUUCACAGGAAACUAAUGAAUUAAUUGAAUCAAAAAUUUUCCAAAUGACAAAACAAUCAUUAUUAAAAGAUCUUUCAACUUGCCAGGAUGCUUGGAAGUAUUCAAUUGAUUUAAUUAGGUCACCUCUAUCGGAGUCAUUAAAAUCCAUCAAUUAUUUCGCAAUGUUUGUCAAUGAAGGUGAUAAUUCUAUGGAUGCAAAAUUAUUUAUCAACUAUUUAAAAGAAAAUCUAUCAACUGAAUUAAAAAAUUCCAUAAAAUUCAAUACUCCAAUAUCCUGGGAAGGUCUUUAUGGUAAAGAAAUGCCAGAUUCUUUUGACCAAGGGAUCUACAUUUAA